CUUUAAUAGCAAUUUCAUCUCAUUGCCAGGGUUAAGGGAUAAAAAUGAUAAUUUUUUAAAACUCAUCAGUGAUCUCUGGUAUGUCUGAAAACUUUAGGGUCAGUAAAAACAUUUCCAAAUAUUUGCAACGCGGAUGGAUGCACCAAACUGAAGCUGUUUGUGAACGGUUGUUUUCUAAUGCUGAAUUUUGUAAGCAAGAAAAGGCCAGUGUUGAAUUGGAGGGGAAGAGAGAGAUGUCUAAGAUUUUGGCCAUAGAUGCAUGGAUAAAAGAAGCUCAAGAAGCGGCAAAGUUGGUGGAAGAUAUAGAAACAAGAGUCAACAACAAUAACCACUUAAAACACCAACAGCAACAAGAUGAAAAUCAACUCAGGCUUAGAGAUGACAUUGCUCGAUCCAAGCUUUUUGAAGUUGGAGUGAAGCUUGAUCGCCUUGAAUCACUCCUUCACAACCCACCUUCUAAACCCAUCUUAACCAAUGAAGAUUUGGAAUAUCGAUGGAAGAUGCUAUCAGAUAUUCAGUUGAGGACAAAGUCUCUCGCACCCUGUCUCUAUGCAAUGCCAUCUUCAAACAGGCCAGGAGGCUUACCAGGUUCAAAUGCCAAAGAAACCGACAAAAAAGAUGGCAGCUAUGACCAUGAUUGUAGUAAGGCCUCGGUUAGCAAAAAUGAACCAGAGUUGCUCAAACCUCUUAUUUCAGAUGAGGCACCUCAGAGUCAUAUGCAGAUCAAACAUGGCAGUUCUUUCAUUGAUUCAAUGCCUUUGUUUUGGAAGGUUUCCAGGAUAACAUGCUUAAUUCUUGGAGCAGCUGCAUUUCUAUUUGUCUUGGUUGUCCUCUGUGCAGUUCUAUAAGUUGCAUAGGCAGCCUAUUGUUUGUUUCAAGACCUGAGUAGAGGCAUUCUUCAGCAAUUGGCAUGGCAGAAAAAGUCACAAAAUUCUAUUCUCUAUCUUCCAACAAAUACUUGAAUCAGAAAUUAAUCAUAACUAGGAAACAUUGUAUCGUCGUCAUGAGUUGAGAUUCGAUUGUAAACUCAUUAUACAAUAUUCUGAAGCCUCCUAUAAAUCCCUUACUACAUGUUACCAUCCAAUUUUGUAAAAAGUGAUAUUUUAACUAUUGUAUUUCAAUGUUUUGAAGAA